AUGGUGGAAGGACGUAGGAGACCAAGAAAGGAGUCCACUGCAACUUUCUUCUUCACUCACUUCCCAGAUAACUUUGAUGAGAGAAGAAUGUGGAAGGUGUUUGAGAGAUGGGGAAGAGUAGUGGAUAUAUACAUCCCUAGGAAGAGAACAAAGGAAGAGAAGAGGUUUGGCUUUGUAAGGAUGGUGGGAAUCGCAGACCCGGAAUACUUGGCCAGGCAAAUCGAUCAAAUGUUCAUUGGAAAUAUGAAACUAUAUGUCAAUGUCCCUAGAUUUGCGAAGGAAGGUGAUAAGGGCAGGAGAUCCGCUUUCGAUGAUCGCAGGGAAAACAAGCAGUGA